GGGGAGGGCGAGGUGGAGUCGGAGGUGGGAGUGGUGGCGGCGGACGACGGGAGGUGCUCGGAGGUGGGGGCGGCGGCGCUGAGGGCCGGGGGCCACGCCGUCGACGCCGCGGUGGCCGCGGCGCUCUGCCUCGGCGUCGUCCACCCCGUCUCCAGCGGCCUCGGCGGCGGCUCCUNCUUCCUCGUCCUGCGCGCCGCCGCCUCCGGCCGCGCCCUCGCCAUCGACGCCAGGGAGACUGCGCCCUCCGCCGCGUCCCAGAACAUGUAUGAAAGCAAUCCAUCAUCAAAGUCCAAGGGCGCACUUUCAAUGGGUAUCCCCGGAGAGCUGGCUGGUCUCUAUGCUGCUUGGCUAGAGUACGGAAGGCUCCCGUGGAAAGACCUUUUCCAACCAGCCAUAAAACUUGCAAGCGAGGGAUUUGUUAUUAUACCUUACGUGGCAAAUGCCAUGAAAUCAAACGAGCAAGACAUAUUAUCCGACCCCGGUCUGCGUGAAGUAUUGGCACCAAAAGGAAAGCUACUGCAAGCCAAUGAUACUUGCUAUAAUCAUGCACUUGCUAACACACUGGAGGUGAUUUCCGUAGAGGGGCCGCAGGCAUUUUACAAUGGAACUAUUGGUGAGAAGUUCAUAGAGGAUGUGAAAAGUGCUGGUGGGAUCGCAACAAUGGAUGAUUUGAGGAAUUACAGGGUGGAAGUUAAGGACGCAUUGGUGGCAAAUGUUAUGGGGUAUACAAUACUUGGGAUGCCACCACCAUCCAGUGGAACCGUGGGAAUGUCUCUAGUUCUGAACAUUUUAGGUAGCUACAAGUCACCGGAUGCUGUUAAAGGAUUCCUUGGCAUUCAUCGGCUCAUUGAAGCAACGAAGCACAUGUUUGCUCUUCGAAUGGAUCUUGGCGACCCCGAUUUUGUCAACAUAACAGAAGUCGUGUCCAACAUGCUUUCACCUUCCUUUGCUGAGAAAAUUAAGCAAAAGAUACUUGACAACACCACAUUUAGCCCAGACUACUACCUACCAAAAUGGAGUCAGUUAAGAGACCAUGGAACCAGCCACCUUUGUGUUGUGGAUGCCGAUCGUAAUGCUGUGUCUAUGACGACUACCGUUAAUGCGUAUUUUGGGGCUAAAGUGCUCUCCCCAUCAACAGGUAUUGUGCUAAACAAUGAGAUGGACGACUUCUCUACACCAUCCGAUGCAACUCCCGAUCAUCUCCCACCAGCUCCUUCGAACUUCAUUGAGCCGAAUAAAAGGCCUUUGUCUUCCAUGACACCUAUUAUUGUACUCAAGGACAAUCAACUUGCUGGAGUUGUUGGGGCUAGUGGAGGGUUAAAAAUUAUUUCAGCGGUUACUGAAGUUUUUCUUAAUCAUUUCAUUUUGGGAAUGGAACCCCUUGCUGCUGUUCAACGGCCUAGGAUUUACCCCCAGUUAAUACCAAAUGAAGUGUUCUAUGAGAACUGGACCACUGUAGAUGGCGAAUCAAUCCGGUUCAGUGAAGACGCAAAGUUAUUUCUGGAGCAGAGGGGUCACAGCCUUCAGAGCGUAUCGGGCGGGGCUGUGUGCCAGCUCGUUGUGCAUAACUUAGGAGAACCUGUAAGACUGCAGUCCGACAACAGUGCCGUCUUUCACGGGAUGCUCACCGCAGUCAGCGACCCUAGGAAAGAAGGAAGCCCUGCUGGAUUGUAAAAUCUGGCAUAAAGCACAUGUAGAUAUCUAUCUACAAAAUACCCUCUAGAAAAUAUCAUGAUUUGCACUUUGCCCUCCUGAGAAUGGAAACCUACAUCCAACAACAACCACUCGCCCUUUCCUUCAUAUUUUUGGUUCAGAAACAGUUGGAGAAUACGAAAAUUUUUAUAGAAAUUGUAACAGGGUGUGUAUUUUGAUCAUAUUUCAAUAUCUAUGAACAUUUCUGAAUGAAAAAUGCGAUGCGGAGAAGGAAGGGCCAGCUAGUGCUAAUGGGCUUAUUAUAUUAGGAGGGCAACAUGCAAAUCACCAUAUUUUUCAUGGGAGGGGACUCUGCAUGCAUAUUACUUGGGAACCUAUUUCCCUCAGAAAUUUGAUUCAGUUGGGUAAACUUUGAUGUCCAAGAGAUUAUGCUUGCUAGGGAGAGAAAUACGCAACACUCCCUGUUUCUCCAAAUUUUAUUGGGCUGUGCAUUGUUUUGUAAAUACAUUCAUAUUUAUGUAGAUAGCACGAGAUAAAAGGGCCAGAUAUUUUAUUUGCAUAAGAAUAAGGACUUUAGUUCCACUUUUUAUACCAUGUAUUCGUGUCGUUUGUACUUGUUUGCAUGAAAGACAUAAUAAUGUAUUCGUGUCAUUUGUAUCUGAGAUGUUUCAUUCUGGCUUCUAACAUUUCAUUUGUUUCAUUA